AUGAAACAAGAACAUGAAAACCAGAUUCAUAUCACUAUGCUGAAGAGAUUACUAUCAACUGUUGUACUGGUGGCGUUUUGUAAAAACGUCGCUUUUUCUCGAGUUAUUGUCCAUCCAGUUCAAUACCCACCAGGCCAUGAUGCCUUAAACCGGCCAAAGAUUCAAAUGAUGCACGACCCUGACAUCGUUUGGAAAGAGCAUGCAUAUCCUGCCCACAUAUAUCCGAACAACGAACAGUUCGUAAACGAUAUAAAUUCUCCUCAUUUGGACUAUGACCAGUUACUGUCAACGUUUGAAAAUACACUCUCAGAUGUACAAAAGAAUUUGGAUUACGUGAACUACCCUGGGGGAAUUUCUGGACACGUGAGAGAUAAUGUCGCAACUUCGCGCCGUCUUGGUAACGUAGUUACCGGUCCAUACAAAAAGAUCCAUGCUGUGGGAAAUAGAGAAUCGAAAACAAAUUUUGGAUCAAAGAUUUUAAAUAACGGUGUUUAUGAAUCUUCUGCAUGGCAUUCAUCAAAGGGAGGUUUGACAAACAGUAGGAAAAUAUCACCAAUGAACAGGAAAAACAGCUUGCACUUUAACGGAAUUCUGAAUGAAAAAAGUGACAGUUAUAAAUAUCCAGAUGGACAAUCAGUCAAGCAGUCGUUGAAUAAUUAUAAAGAACACGACUCAAUUUCGCAAUACAAUCCAAAAGAUUACCUGCAAACAACUGAAGAAGCAAAUGCAGAAUACAUUCUAAAGACGCUACAACAGAAAGGCUACGAAAACAUCAAUCCAGAUUACAAAGGGUCAAAGUAUGAUUCAAAGACGUCCUCAUCACAGUCAAAAGACUACAUAAAACAUCACCCUGUAACUCGACCUAAAAAAUAUGAUUACCAUCCAACUGAAUCUCCAAGCAAUUACCAAAAAGCCACUACGCACUCUCCAAAGGACUACGUAAAGUAUCACACAACAACCAGCGUUCCAAAUUACGUCUACAAAGCCACAACACCUUGGCAUUAUUUUUAUCAGAAACAUCAACCAACAACGGAAACUCCUGGUCAUGUGUACAAGCCUACUACUCCGCAACAGUAUAAAUAUAGGGAGCACCCAACAACUGCAACUUCUGAGUAUGUUUACAAAAUCACAACACCACAGCCAUAUGAUUACAACAAAUAUCAACCGACAACAAAACGUCCACAGCAGUAUAAUAAGAAGAAAUACUCUGCAAUCGAAUCUCUAAAAUUUAUCCUUAAGCCUACCACAACACAACCAUUUGAUUACGUUAAAUAUCAACAAACAACCGAAGUUCCGACUUAUGUGCAUGACCCGACCACGCCAUGGCCGAUCGAUUAUAGAAAGUAUCAACCAACAACUAAAGCACCGGAAUACAAACAUGAACCCCAACAGCAGUAUGCAUAUCAUAGCAAGAAAUAUCCAGCAAUUGGAGGUUCGAAAUAUGACUACAAAACUACAACAGCACAACCAUAUGGUAAUGAAAAAUACCAGACAACAACUGAAGCUCCAAGUUAUGUUUAUGACCCGACUACUAUGCCGAUGGUUUACAAAGGAUAUAAGGAAAAUCAACAUAAAGAAUAUGACUAUAAAACUACAACACCGCAGCCAUAUGAUAACAAGAAAUACCAGACAACAACUAAAGCUGCAAGUUAUUUUUAUGACCCGACUACUAUUCCGAUGGUUUACAAGGGAUACAAGGAAAAUCAACCUAAAGGAGCUCUAAAAUAUGACUAUAAAAGUACAACACCGCAGCCAUAUGAUUACAAGAAAUACCAGACAACAACCGAAGCACCAGAUUAUCUUUAUGACCGUACUUCACCAAAGUCAAUUGAUUAUAAGAAAUAUCAAUCAAAGCAAGCUCUUAAACAUGAUUAUAAAACACCAACGCCAAAACAAUAUGGCUACAAACAAACAACAACUGAGGCGCCUAAAUAUGACUACAAAACUACAACACCUAAACAAUAUGGCGACAUAGCUACAACACCGUGGCAUUAUUAUCAAGAGAAAUCGACAACCGCAUCCCCAAAAUAUGACUACAAAACAACAACACCACAGCAAUAUGGCGACAUCGUUACAACACCGAUACAUUACUAUCAUGAGAAAUCGACAACCGCUUCUCCAAAAUAUGACUACAAAAGUACAACACAGUCAUAUGAUUAUCGGAAAUAUGAGCCAACAACUCAAAAAUAUGGUUUUCCCGCUACAACAGAGAUAAAUAAUUACAACAAAUAUGAUCUUACAUCAAAAGCGCCAAAAUACGACUACAAAACUUCAACACCAUUACCAAAGGAUUACAAGAAAUACCAAACAACAACCGGAGCUCCAAAUUAUCACUCAAGAUCAAAAUCAUCAACUGAGUCCUAUGAUUACACUGGAUAUCACACAACAACGGAAACCUCGGCCUAUGACUACAAAACAACAAGCCCGCAGUUUGAUUACAAAAAAUAUCAACCAACAACAAAGCCACCAAAAUAUGACUAUAAACCUACAACAUCGGCAUAUGAUUACAAGAUUUAUAAAUCAACUACCGAGAUUCCAGAAUACAAAACUACAACACCACAACAGUACAGUUAUAUGAAAUAUUCAACGACAACUGUGUCACCAAAAUAUGACCUCAAAUCAACAACACCUAUGCAGUAUAAAUUCAAGAAAUACCAAACAACAACUAGCGGUCCGGAAUAUGACACCAAACUUACUACACCGCCACACUAUAGUUACAGGAAAUAUCAAUCAUCAACUGAUGCUCCGAAUUAUAAGUACAAACCAACAACGCCAUUGCAAUAUGGUUAUGAGAACGACCAGCAGACAGCCGGGUCAGCACAAUCAAACUAUAAACAUACAAACUACUUAAAGCGAGGUGAAACAUCAAUAAUCGAUUUAAAUUCACUCAGAAGAAAAGCAGCAAAAAAUGGCAAUGAUGUAAAACCAUAUUUGGAUAAAACUUUGAGAAGAGGUUUAUCUAAUAUACUUAAAAAUCAACCAUAUGAAGGAAAACGUAGAGUAUGGACAAAACCAGGUAAACAAUUUGCGGAAAAAGUAAAGUAUUGGAUGGUAAAACUUAUUGAAAAACCUACCAUCAUUUCUUUUGAAAGAUUCAUCAAUUUACUUAAAACGAAAUAUUCAAACAUCGACGACAUUCCUGACAUAAUAUAUGAAUCUGUCAUUCAGUGCGAAGGUCCGGUAAAAAUGCUAUAUAUGAUCAAGAAGGGAGACGUUUUAAAAUAUUUCAACCUCUUCUGCCAAUCUUCUGAAUCUACAAAGAAAAUCACAGCCAUGGUUGCUUUUAUAAGGAUAUGGGAACAACUAAAAGAUAUGUCAACUAUUGGAAAAGAUUGUUGUAAUUGUGAAAAGAGAAAAGUUGUAACAAUUCAGAAAGAAAGCAGUGAUAGUGAAAGUGAAUCAGAUGCAUCAUUAGAAUCAGUGUCUAGCGAUGAAAGUAGUGGGGAAGAUUCAAGCAGCACUGAACCAGAACCAUUUUUUGAUGAAGAAGAUUACAAAAGUAGCGAUGAUUACAGUAAAAGCAGCGGAAGUUCCAGCACGGACAGUAAAAAUACAGAUGAAAAGUAUGAAGACGAUUCUUCAAGCAGCUCAUAUUCCGAACCAGUUUUUAAUGAGUUGGCUUACAAGACUACUAAAGAUGAAAGUAAAAGCAGCGGAAGUUCUAGCAUGGAAAGUCAAAUUACAGAUGAAAAAUACGAUGGCGAUUCCUCCAGCAACUCGGAUCCCGAACCGUCCUAUAAGAAAAAGUCAUAUCAGAGUACCAAAAGUAAAAGUGUAAGUAGCGAAAGUUUAAGCAGGGAGAAUCAAAACGAUGACUACAAAUACUCAUCAAAGGAAAUCCAAAGUUCAUCUAAGGACGAUUCCUCAAGCUAUUCAGAACCUGAGCCGGUUUAUGAAAAGUUAGCAAACAAAGACAUUUCAAGUGAAAGUGGAAGUUCUUCUGCGGACCUUUCAUCAAGCAGCAUAGAACCCGAACCUGAAGCGCUUUACGAUGAUUUAAAUAGUAAAAGUUUAGGUAGCGAAAGUUCCAGUGCAGAAAGUCAACAUUUAGAUGAUAAAGGAAAAUCAAGUGAAAGCAAAAGUUCAUCAGCAGACAGUGAUUCAAGCAGCUCGGAAUCUGGACCGCUUUUAAGGGAUGCUAAUAAAGACAAUUUAAGAUAUUAAUAUAAACAAUUGGCAUAAAU